GCUUUCAAGACCUUCGAAAUAUUCAACGUUGAUGGAGCGCGAGAAGUAUGGGAACGUGAUGGGCGGGAAGCUGUCUUUGAAGGGCUUGCCACUCUCGAAGAAGUCCAAGAAGAAACGAAAGCGGGAGCAUGCGGAAGAGACCGAGGAGAAGAGCGAUGUAGUGAAGAAGCAGGAGACCGAGGUGCUCGUGCCCAUCGCUGCCAUGACCCCUGCGCAAAAGAAGCAUCAAAAGUUCAAAGCCAAGCGGGAAGAAGAGGACAUCAAGAAGCAAGCGUCCAAGACAUACCGCGAGCGCGUAGACGAGUACAGCCAGUACCUUGGGAAUCUGUCGGAACAUCACGACGUGCCUCGCGUGUCGGCGGCCGGGAAUGGUUAAGAUACCAUCAAUAUAUGCACAAUGUAUCAUUCAA